AUGACCCCGCCGCGGCCGUCUUCGCGUGCCUCGUGGGCGAGGGCUGGGGCUGGGGCCGCGGCCUCGUCUUCCUCCAACCCACGCCCAACGCACGACGACAUUGCCGACGUUCUCGGAUCCCUUCCAGCGCCCCCACCCCGUGCGGCGCAAGCGUUCAGUGGGCCCAUCCGCUCGCCGGCGCCUUCUCCCGACUCGGCAGACGUCGGCGAGAUCCACCCGCUGCACCCAGCCUACCGCGCACAAGAGGAUCUGAAUCGUCCACGAAGACCUUGGGCUGACAGCCGCGAGACAUUAUCUCGAACCAGCAGCGUUGCUGGUAGCCUCCACAGCGACGAAAGCGACACUGCCCACCUUACCGCCGACACUCUUCCUGCAGGGAUCGGCGUCGCAGGUACAGGUGCAGGCGGUCACGCACGAUUGUCACAACUGAACCGCCCAUAUGACAAUGAAGGAAGGCCGCGCGUUGGGCCCCUUGGUAUCAUCACCCGAAGUCCAACAAUACGCCGUGUCUCUACUACUCUACGCAACGCCAGUAUCCGUGUUCAAAACAUUAUGGGCACAGAGAAAGACGGAUACGAGGGCCUCAACCGCCUCUCGACAAACGAUGAGGGGGCAGAAUCACCGCUAGAGAUGAGCAGCGCACUGUCUACCCCCCCAAAUCCCCCCCCAUCACCACCACCACCACCACCACCACCACCACCGCCACCGCCACCAGUGCGGGGCCAGCUCCGAGGGCGCACCCUCGGCGUCUUCUCCGCUUCCAACCCCAUCCGCCGAGCCAUGAACAGCGCUGUCCUCUUCCCGUGGACUGACCCCAUCAUCAUGGUGCUCAUCCUCGCGAACCUGAUCAUUCUCAUCAUCCAGGCCGCCCCGCCGGUAUUCACUCCCCGCAGCCCCGGGGGUGGCUACUUUCGCGCAUGGGAGGACUAUGCGCUUUUCGUCCUCUUCGUCAUCUUCACUAUCGAGAUGUUUGCGCGGAUAAUCGUGACGGGCCUGAUCGCCGACCCCGAAACUUCCAUGCCUUCCUUCAUGCAGAGAGUGCGCGAAUUUGUCGUGUUCAAGGCAAAUGCCGAUGUCGACCCGGCGGCGAGGCCGUCGACGAAGGAGGCGUGGCACAGGACGCGACAAAUGUCGACAUCUGGCGGCAGCCGCAGUUAUACAACACAAUUCAUGCCAUUUGACGAGGCCGUCACACAUCAACGCAGUCUUGUCAAGGAUAACCGACCGUACCUUCGCCACUCAUGGCACCGCAUUGACAUGGUUGCGAUUGUUGCGUUCUGGAUCACGUUCAUUCUUGCCAUGACAGGACAGGAGGUCACCGAGAACAGACACCUUUACCUCUUCCGCGCUAUCAGUAUUUUACGCACGGCGCGCCUGCUCGUUGUCACUUCGGGUACGGCGACGAUCCUGCACUCGCUCAAACGCGCCGGGCCGCUAAUCCUCAACGUGUCGUUCCUCAUCGUGUUCGCUGCGGCUCUCUUUUCCAUCAUCGGCGUCCAGAGCUUUAGAGGUUCGCUACGUCGCACCUGCAUCCUCCCGGAUCCAAAUGACCCCAGCAACAACAUCACGCUAGGCAAUUGCGGCGGGUUCUUAGACCCAACCACGCUUACACCGACUUCAUUCAUCAAGCAGAAUGGCGUUCCUUCGUCACAGGCUCCCAAGGGCUUCAUUUGCCCCAUCAACCAGAUCUGCCAGACGGGCGAUAAAAGCCUGGAAGAUGACACGGAAAGCUUUGACAACAUCUUCAAGUCGCUGGUGCAGGUCCUCAUCAUUGCGGGAGUCAACACGUGGACGAACACGAUGUACGAAACAAUGGACACCGACUAUCAAGCAUCGGCUCUCUUCUUCAUCGUCGCGAUCAUGGUACUCAACCUCUGGCUUAUGAACCUGCUGGUUGCUGUGGUCGUCAACACUUUCCAGGAUAUCCGAGCGGAGACGAAGAAGUCUGCUUUUGGCGGAGAAUCCUCUGCCAUCUCUGCACCGCAGUGGGCACAGGACUCAACCAGGAAGCCCAAGGAGCCAUCUCGAGUUUUCACUCUCUACCGCAAGACAGAGCCAUUCUGGGUCCUGCUCAUCCUCCUCGAUGUCAUCGCACAGGGUACCAAGGCGGCUAACAGUUCUCCCUGGCACAUGUCCUUCCUCCGUCAGAUGGGACUAGCUUUUGGCAUCAUUUGGCCUGUUGAGAUCGCUUUGCGCUACCUCACGUAUGUGCCCGACUGGCGUGCGUUCUUCAAGAUCAAACGCAAUGACUUUGACCUCCUCCUGGCCAUAGGCAGCGCCAUCACUGAGCUAGUACCUGCAGUUCGCCAGUCGCAGUACCACUCGUGGCUGACAGUGUUCGAUUUGUUGCGUUGGUACCGUGUAAUCCUUCUCGUGCCUCGAAUGAAGCCACUCUUGGUCAACAUCUUCGGUAGCUUCACGGGUCUGUUCAACAUGGUCGUUUUUCUCUUCUUGAUGACCCUGCUUGCAGCUUUGAUGGGCGUCCAGUUCCUCCGUGGUGACCUCCCAGAAGGCGAUGCCAUGAUCAAUUUCUCCCAAGUUUACAACUCCUUUGUGGGCAUGUACCAGAUCUUCUCGACGGAGAACUGGACAGUAGUGCUGUAUUCAGCGGUUGGCGCCGACUGGGGCUGGGGACAGGGCUGGAUUGUGUGCAUCUUCCUGUUCCUCUGGUUCAUGUUCGCGAACUUCAUCAUGAUGCAGAUGUUCAUCGCUGUCAUCAACGAAAACUUCUCUGUCGCCGAGGAGCAGAAGCGCAAGCAACAGGUUGACGCCUUCAUCCGCCGGUCGGAGCCCGAAUCAUCACACAGCAGCUUCUUCGAGAGAUUUAACCCGUACAACAGAGUCCGGGGAAGGCACAGGGCCAUCCACGUGUCCGAGGUGCCGCAGAACCUCAUUCUGCCAUUGAAGCAGACGAUCGGGCAAGACGUCGGUGAUGGAGAUGUCGGCCAAGAGCUAGCCACAGGCAAGGCCGCAAUCAAGCGCCUAAUGGGCAUUACCGCAGACGGCAAAGUGAAGCUCUUCGGCUGGUUUACAAAGAAGAAGAAGGCCACCGGUUCGCGCAGGAACUCUACGCGCGUGGAUCACGACGGUGACAGUGAUGACGAUCGGGGCUUGACCGACCUCUUACCCCCGAUCAACCCCGGAAUCUCGGUUGACGAGCAUAGGGACGCGCUGCGAGAGAGGCGCAACCAGGAAGCCGACUUCAUCUCUGCUCACCCCACCUACGACUUGUCGCUUUACUUGAUCUCGCAGAAGAACCCGCUUCGCAAGUUCUGCCAACACCUUGUUCCAUCGUCCCAUGGACAUCGGAUCUUCGGCCAGCAGCCUGACCCGAUGUGGAGCUUUCUCUUUAAAUGCGUGAUCUUCCUCAGUGUCACAGCGAGCAUUGCUAUGGCGGCCAUCGCGACUCCUCUAUAUCGCAGGCAAUUCUACGUGCAACACGGUAUGAAGUACGGGUGGUUCGACUACGCCGAGGGCAGUAUAGCACUCGUGUUCUUCAUCGAGUUCCUGAUCAAGAUCAUCGCCGACGGCUUCAUCUUCACGCCCAACGCGUACCUUUACUCAGUGUGGAACGUCGUCGACUUCUUCAUUCUCAUACUCUUGCUCACCAACACCAUCUCGUCUCUGGUCACCAUCGGCGGCAUGAGCCGCUUAACGCGCUCAUUCAAAGCAUUCCGCGCCCUGCGGCUCAUCACAGUUUUCCGUCGAUUACGUGAUACAGUCUACGUCGUCUUCUUCGCCGGGUUCGUGCGUAUUCUGGACGCGGCCUGCCUCAUGAUCUUGUACAUCAUUCCGUUCGCAAUUUGGGGGCUCAACAUCUUCCGCAACCGUAUGACUGGCUGUAACGAUGGCAGCGGGAACAUUGGCGGCCGCAGCGACUGCGUUGGCGAGUUCCUCAGUUCGCCAAUCGACAACAGCCUGGAGUUUCUCGCCCCGAGGGCUUGGGGUAACCCGACUUUCGACGGCAGCAAAUGGUCAUUCGAUGACUUCCGCAGAUCCAUGCUGAUUCUCUUCGAGAUUGUGUCGCUCGAGGGUUGGACAGACGUCAUGUCUUCGGCCAUGAACAUUGUCGGCCAGGACCAGCAACCCCAGACGAACGCCCAACAAUGGAACUCCAUUUUCUUCAUCAUUUUCAACCUGUUCGGCGGCGUCGUCAUCUUGACCGUCUUCCUGACGAUCAUCAUCGAGAACUUCAGUAUCAGCUCCGGCACGGCUCUCCUGACCACUGAGCAACGCCAGUGGGUCGAUCUGAAGAAGUACAUCCACGCGCAGACGCCUAGUCAGCUUCCGAAGAAGAAGCCACGGACGCGCCUUCGCCUGUGGUGCUACCAGCGCGCGACGACCAAGCGCGGCUACUGGCAACGUUUCUUCACCUUUGUCUACUGUGUCCAUAUCCUGCUCUUGAUGUGCGAGGACUAUUCGGAGAACAUCAUGUCUGAGACGCAGCUGGACACCACCUUCCUCGUCUUGACUGUCCUGUACGCUGUUGACAUUGUCGUGCGGUUCAUCGGCUUGGGGUUCAAGGCGUUCCGCUCUAAUGGGUGGAACUUGUUCGACGUCAUCGUCGUGGCGGGCAGCUUUGCUACGACCAUUCCCGCGCUUCAAGCCAGUGCGAGCGGCGUCGAAGGCAACCAGGCUAGCAAGCAGGUGCAGAAGCUUUUCCUCGUUGCGAUUGCGCUCAAGCUAGUACAGCGUCUCGAUGCGCUCAACCAGCUGUUCAAGACCUCGAUUGCCAGUCUCCCGGCUAUUGGCAACCUGUUCAUGCUCUGGGCGGUACUCUUCCUGUUCGCUGCCAUCAUCUACCUGGAGGUCUUCGGCUUGACCAAGCAAGGACCGAACGCGGCUUCACGAUUCCAGAACUACAACACGUUUGUCAACUCGUUAAUCAUGCUGGCCUUCAUGUCUACAGGUGAGGGCUGGAACGGAUACAUGCACGAUUAUACUGUCCAGUUCCCGCACUGUGUUGAGGGCGCAACCUACCUGGACUCGGAUUGUGGCAGCGAAGGUUGGGCGUAUACGCUCUUCAUCGCCUGGAACAUCCUAAGCAUGUACAUCUUCCUGAACAUGUUUACAGGUGUUGUCGUCCAGUCCUUCUCCUACGUGUACCAGAUGCCGGGGAGUGCCACGCUCGACCGCGAGCAGAUGCGCUCUUUCAAGAGGGCGUGGGCGCAGAUCGAUGUUGAGCGGACCGGAUAUAUCAAGCGGAAAGACUGCGCGCGUUUCCUAUCUAUGCUGAACGGUGUCUUCGAGGUCCGACUCUACCCGACCGAGUACAACGUACCGCACCUACUCAGUACGUGUGCGGCAACUCAAGGCAACUCGAAGGAAGUCGAGACCAGUGCCAGACACGCGGUCGAUGUACGCAAGCUGCAAUCCGCCAUCUCCCAGAUCGACUUCGACCAGGUACGCCAACGCCGCCGCCAGUUCGUGAGGCUCUUCUUCGAGGCCAAAAUCACCAAUGAGCGGGAUCGAGGUAUCAGCUUCACCAACAUGCUUCUCAUGCUGGCGCAGACGAUACUCAUUAACGACGAGGAUGCGCUACAGGUCGACGAGCUCCUCGUCCGGCGAGAGAAAAUGGAACAGGUCAAUGACCUCGUUAACCUCGACCGCGUCCGUGGCCUGCUCCGCGCGAUCUAUUGGCGCCGCAAGUUCCAGCACUACCGCGAGGAGAAGGCGCGCGCCGCUGCGGCAGAGGCAGGACGAGCUGUCCCAGCGAUCGUUUUGCCAGACACCUCGUCACCGAACGCGCCACGUACGCCGUCGCUGGCCGACGAGCCACUGCAGCCGACGCGCAGCCCAUGGGGCACACCCACGCACACGCCGCCUGGUAGCAGACCAACCAGCCCCAUCAGCCCGGUCCGCUCGCGGCCUUCGUCAUCAAGUAGACCCAAACCCGGGCGGCAAGGCUCAGGACCCAACCCACAACGUCCCGCACGCCAGGGCUCCGGACCCAGCCGGCAAGGAACGGGUUCGAGCGGGCGGUUCCCCAGCAGACAGGGAACGGGAUCGUCGGGGCCAAGUCGGUCGGGCACGCUCGACCUGGACCCGUUCGAAGGCCUCAGCGGCGACGGACACUUUACACUUGGGAGCGCGGGUAGUCACUCGACUGUCCUCGGGCCCCUGGGCAUACUGUCGAUGCCGCCUUCGCAUCUCUCGCACAGCUCCCAGACACUCAACCCGUCCCGUCGCGGGUCUGCGGACAGCGCGGCGUUCAGCGGGUCCCAGCACUUGUCCAACUACUCGGCGUACUCGCACUCGCGGGAGCCGAGCUUUGACGAGCCAGCCAACGAGGAUGUGCUUGCGGCUAUGGCGGGGAGCGAGUGGGCAGACAUGAUGCGCGAGGCUGUCGACGAGGAGGGCGGCAGUUAA